AUGGGCUACCUGCCCCGGCUGCUCCCACUUCCACCUCAGCCCCUCACCCGCCCAGCCCGAGCUGUCCGCGACUGCGCCAUCAAACCGUACCAGCGAAAGGUCGAACCGCCGAGUCCCGCCAAGUUCGUGCGGUGGCCGGUGAGAACGUUCGCCGGUCUGGACAGGGAGGUGGAAUCCUGCUGGGUCCGGGGGAGGGGCAAGGGCAAGGGGAAGGGGAAGGGGGAGCGGCAGUGA